AUGGCUACAUCUGAUUUUAUUAUUGAUGAUUUAUCGAAAGAUGGUCAUUCAGCGAAGGUUAUUCAUUCUGAACCACUUGAUUAUGCAUUUCAAUCUGCAGAACCAAUCAAUUAUUCAAAUACUAAUACUCAAGUUCAUCAACCUCAACCGACGUAUAAUAUUAAUUAUCUGCCACCCACUAUCAACCUCAAUGGAAAUGUAAUUCAAUCAACAGAUAAAAUUAACAGUUACAUAGUUUGGUCUAUUAUAAAUAUUUGCUGUUGCAAUACAUGUUUUGGUUGCCUUGCUUUGCAUUAUUCAAACAAGACAAAAGAUUUAAAAAGAGAAGGUCUUUUGCAAGAUGCAUUAAACACUUCAAAGGUAGCUCGUAAUAUCAAUUUAGUUACUACAAUGCUGGGUAUAUUCGUUUUGGUAUUCUGGUUUAUCUAUAUUCUCAUUGAAAUGAAUUCUCAAACAGUUAAAAGAUUUCAUUAA